UCUGGUGGCAGCUGAGCGGAGUGGGGCUCAGCUGUUCUGGGUACAACAGCGUGUUUUGACCAUUUGACACCUCUAAUGGCGCCUUGUGCUCACUGUUUCUCCUCCUAACUACACCCCGCCACUUCCUGCUCCACCCUCACCGUCUCCCCCUCGUGUAGCCGGCCGCAGUGAGCGCUGUUCGGUGUCGUGUGCAGGAUGGUGGUGUCCACAUCACAACAAGUCGCCCUGGCUUUCACCGCCGUGCUCUUCACCUUCGUCGUCCUGCCGAGGAUGUUCAGCGUCGGCGGCGGGACCGCGGCCAAGGACACGAGGUUCGACUCCCGCUACUCCAGGAAAGGUCCGGGUCCAGGCGGAGUCCGAGGUCAGCCCAUGAAUGGCCCCGGCGCUCCUCAGACCGCUGAGAACAUGCAGCAGAUGAAGAAGCUGAUGGAGCAGGAGCUGAAAGCUGACAAGUUCAAGUCCAACAACAACAACAAGGGCUACGUGUUCACACUGAUGCCUCUGUACGCCAUCGGAGUCGGAGUGUUUGCAGCCUACAAGUUUCUGAAGAUCAAGUCGGCGGACGACCAGGCACAAAAAGACAAAUUUGCAAAAGGGGCCAAAAAAUCUGUGGAAGCAGAGAACCAGUUGAACGAGCUGGAACAAAGACUCGGGCAGACUGAGCAGAUGCUCAACUCCAUCCUCACCCAGCUGGACCCGCUCACUAACUGCGUGAAGACAGUGGCCCAGGAGCAGAAAAACGAGAUCAUGUCUCAGCUACAGACCAUCCGCUACCUGAUGAAGAAGAGAGGAAUGGAGUGUCCACCGCUCAACAUAAACGAGGCCUCCUGUGAGCGUAACCUGGAUCACCUCAUCGAGUCCCUUGGGGUAAAGGACUUCUCUGCAGCCGCUGCUUCUUUGGGGGGCAGUGAGACCUCUGGAGGAGCAGGGACCUCGGAAAAAGACUCUCCGAAGAAUUCCGGCGCAGAAGAUGAAGCUGCAACAGAAGGUGAAGAGAUGAAGGAGCUUGUACCAGAGGAAUCUGAUGGGGAAGCAGAAAAAGAAGGAGAUAUGUUGGAGGAAGAAGAAGAGGAGGAGGAGGAUGAUGAUGAAGAAGAAGAAGAGGAGGAAGAAGAAGAAGAAGAGGAGGAAGAAGGACUGGAGGACCGUGAGCUCAUGCCUUCUUUAGAGGACUCUUAUGAGCCAAACACUGGGGAGGUGUCGCCUGCAUCCGGCCUCAGGCGACGCAACAGGCCUGAAUGACUGCACGAAUUCUGCAAUGUAUAGAAAUGUAAUAGGUUAUUAUGAAUAUUUAUUAUCUGAAAGGCUUCCCUUCCAAAACGCUGUCUACCUAUUCAUCACUGACAUAUACAUUAUUAAUAAGAAGCAUUAACCUCAUAUCGAAAGACAUGGGGCUUUAUUUUCCUGUUAUAGGCACAAAGACAAGCACGAACUAUACAUCUUGUACACACCGCAAAACAGGGUAUAUGCAAGUGCAUGCGCUAUUUUUGCUCGUAUGCCAGCAGUGUGCUACAAUAUCAUGGUUUUCUACAGUAUCAAAGUAACCCAGUGGUAGUUGGUUAUGCAUCCAUGGGCACAUAGUACAGAGACGGCCAAUUGUCAGAUGCCAGUUUGACUUCAAUGUAAAACUAGAAUAACAGUCAGCUGGGCUUUACCCCUGCCAAGGCCCAAUGCUUGCCAUGAAUUCAAUCAAGCUGCACCAAAUAUCUCACACUUUUAAAUAAAAGUCUCUUAAACGAGCUGUUUUAAAAAAAAUCAAUAGCAAUAAUUUAUUCUUUUGGAAAAUCUUUUGUCUUCCCUGACUUACCACUUCCUACACAGAGUUUUGUGAUAAUCCGUCCAGCAGUUUUAACAGAAGAUUGUGUAGCAAAAUUCGAGAUGUAGUCCUAAAAUAAAAAAAAUGCAUCAAAGAUCCAGUCAUCUACAUAAACGAUGCUCUAAAGUUUUGUGGUAUGGCAGCAGAUAUACGUCUAUCGGUUUCUCAGCAGGGAGACGAGGCUGUGGCAGGUGUUUGUGGUGCUUUUCAGUUUCCUUUGGGCUCUGCACAGGUGCCUUGUGUCACUGAGAUCUCUGAUGCUCAGUAGAUGAUGAUGUUCUGCGUGGUUUUAAUCACCUGCUGCAGAGCCGUGCCGUCCUCAUGCUGCUGUAUCCAUCUUUUCACAGUAAUGAGGCUCAGAUGGGCUCCACUGUUUGGGGAUGCAGUUGCCCACCGAGACUUUGAGACUUUGGAAACAUCUGCUCUAAGAUAUCAAAGCUACUGCCUAAUCUAGAAAUGCCAGUUUAUGUGUAUCCCUCAGAAAAACCUACACUUUGCCUUGUGAUGCCUCAUUAUCAGCAUGGGACUGUACCAUGUUAGCUCGACCCAGGCACUUAUCCAGAAGAGACCACAGGGUGUUCAACGAAGGGGAAAAUGCCAACAUAGCUACUUUUACUACUGCUUGUUGUUUCACUCUUUGUUCUGACUUGAAAAUAGAGCCCACACUGUCCUACAGUCUCCUGUCAUUUUAUAAUACUAAUGAUCACUUUUUUAAUCAGAAUUAUUAAGUCAUUGGUUCAGGUUUUUACCUGUCAGAAAAUGCCAAUCUGUGCUCCAUGCUAAAAGGGGUGGUGGCCCAUGUUGUGUUGUUGUGUUGUUGCUAGUUUGCCUUUACUGUUCCUUUCUCCAUGCAGGCAUCUACCAACAUUGCUGCAUUUCAUUCAUGUCACACUGGGACAGUUCUAUUCUUUUAUAGUUGCAUCUUAAUCCUCCUUCAUCCUGUGCUGCCACCCCCAGGUUGCUAUUGGACUAACAAUCCAAGUGUCAGUCACGUUUGUAUGAGAAAAUGCAUAAAAGUCUUUACAUGAAAAUGUAAAUAUCCUUUUUUUAUUUUGGAUAUACUACAUUUUUUAUCAUCACAAAGGAAGUAACGGUAAUGCUGCCGGAUGUGAUGAGCCUGUAGAAUAUUACAAUGUUUGUUUUAGACGUGUGAACUCGGGCCUGUGCCAUCCAAUCAUAUCUAUGCAUGUUUUAUUUCCCAUCACUGUUUCGCCCUGCAUAAUGUUACUGCAUGAUAUUUUCAUUUACUCAUCCCAAAGGAAUAUGACAAUCACCUGAUCAGCCAACUGACAUGAAUUCAACGUUUCUACUGCUUUAAUGGUACUUAAAUGCACUAAGGAAAAGCAAUCAAUUGUCACUUAUGCCUUAUGUUUCAAUUACUCCUUUGAAAUUGUGUUUUAAAAUCCAUGAGAGUUUAUCUUGAUGAGGCUCUGAGGUUAUUAAAAUCAACGUACUAUCAGGGUGGGUCUAACUGUUUUAGGUCCUGAAUGCUGGUGUAGUAAACGUGCUGAGAUAUGGUAGAAAUCACGAUAAAAUAAUCAUAAUUAUCAUUUUUGCCCAAAAGGACACGUCCCUAUAAAAAAUAAUUUAUUGUGUAAUAUGAUACAACCUGCAAAUCCUUGCCUUAUUCUGGAUGAAAUAUUUAUUAACCUGUACACCCACCCACCCAACCACACACAGUAUGUUUGCCUCCCUUUUCACUUCCGACACCCUUAGGUAUGGAAAUGAUCCCCACAUUGUACCACAAAUCUUUGCCUUAAAUUAUUUCGUACAUUUCUGUUUCUUUACCCUUAACCAAAGUCACCUUUCUGUGUUGAAUAUUGUACAUUUCCUGUCGGAGUUGACAGCUUGUCUUAGUAGAAAAUAAAACAAGAUGUAACACACUGA